AUGUCCAACUUCAAGAUCACCGAGGCCAUGGCCAACGAUGUCUUUGGCGAUCAAGCCAUUGUGUUUGACGCCGCCGCCGCCGCCGCCGCCGCCAGCCCCGUCCCUCCCGCCAACCCCGUCGUCCCCGCCGCUGACGACAUCUUCUUCGACCCCCCCUUCUUCGCUGCUGGCCUCGAGGACUACGACCUCGUCUUUCCCGCCAACCCCGCCCCUCUCGCUGGUGCCUCGCCCGUCCCUGCCUUUGCCGCCGACGACGGCCAUUUCGCCGCCGCCUUUUUCGCUGGUCGCCCCGAGGAAGACCCCGCCUUGGUCUUUCCUGCCCGCCCCGCUCCUCUCGCUGCCGUCCCUGCCGUCCCUGCCGCCGCCCCCGCUGCCUCCGUCCCCGUCGCUGCCGUUGACAACAGCUCGUUUCCCGCCGACAACGGCUUAUUCCCCGCCGACGUUGCCAAUCCCGCCAUGUCUGACAACGAAUUCAAUGUCGACAUGGGUAAUAUCGCCGGUAACGUUGGUGGGAACGACGGCGAUAACCUUUUCGGUUUUGGGAUGGGGGAGGCCGUGGACGGCGGCAACAACAACAAUAACGAUGGCUGGGCCUACCUCUACGAGGGCAACGGCUCGGUUAACAACGACGGCUCCUUGAACGUGAACGUCCAGAUGCCCGAAAACCUUCUGGACGCUCUGGUCAACGAAGUCCCGGUUGCCGGCACCCCCGCCCCAGGCCCCAACCAAGCGGACAAUCUGGGUCCGCGCCUUCAGGCCGGGGAGGGAUAUGCUCAGGGUGGUAUGGAGGCCCCGCAGCCUGCUGUGCCUUCGCCGGUGAUGCUGCAGCCGGAGCCGGUUGCAGCCCCUGUGCAGCAGGGAGUACCGUAUCCACAGGCGGUACAGCCCCAGAUGCCGCCUGCCUCCCGCCCCCUGCCCCGGUUCCCUGCUCCCCGCCCCGUGUCCUGGCUCCAUGUCCCCCGCCCCGUGUCCUGGCCCCCUGUCCCCCGCCCCCUGCCCCGGUUCCCUGCCCCGCUCCAGGUCCCGGACCCGAUCCUGGCCCCGCUGCAGCAACAGCAGUACCAGCAGCAACAGCACCACCAGCACCACCAGCAGCAGCACCAGCAACAACAAGGGCAGCAGCAGCAGCACCAGCAACAACAACAACAAGGGCAGCAGCAGCAGCACCAGCAACAACAACAACAACAAGGGCAGCAGCAGCAGCAGCAGCAGCAACACCAGGUGUACCAGCCCUGGAAGUUUGCCAAGAAGGUCGAGCCCAAGACCUUCUCUCUCGAAGUCGCGGCCGGUCCCAUCCAGGGCACCAAUGUCUCGCUGGCAGAGCAGCUGAGGCAGCAUGUCCGGGAGCGGGAGGCCUUUGACAACGACCCUCUCCGCCAGGGCCAGGCCGGGGGGCAGCCCUCACAACCUCUGCCCGUCCCCCAGGGCUCCGCUGCUCCCGCUGCACCCGCUCCUCCUAACGCCGACGCUCCACCGGUCAAGCGCGGCCCUGGCCGUCCCAAGGGCGCCAAGAACAAAAACCCUAGGCCCAGGGAUCCCGCUGCUCCCGCUGCUGCUGCUGCUGCUGCUGCUACUCCUCCUCCUCCUGACGCCAACGCUCCACCUGCCAGGCGCGGCCCCGGCCGUCCCAAGGGCGCCAAGAACAAAAACCCCAGGCCCAGGGAUCCCCUCCACAGGGUGCGCGACGAUGGUGGCUCGCGGGUAGCCAAAGCCCGGCCCAGAUCAGCUGCCAAUGGGGAGCAGAUACUGGCUGCGGCUGCGGCGGCGGCGGCGGCGGCGAACGAGGGGGGGCAGCGGCCGGUGGAGGGCAUGGAUGUGGAUGUUCCGCCGGGAGGAGGUGCUGCUGCGAAUGUGCUGGGGCAGCCACCAGGACAAGGAGGUAACAUGUAUGGUGUGCAUGCUGCCUGGGGGGGUAAUGCUCAGCUAGGAGGGCACGUUGACGUGGAGGAGAUUAUUGGGCAGAUGAGAGCGAAUGGUACAUUCACAGACCGUCAGGAAAUGGCUCUGAGAGCUUUAUACGAUAGGGGUAUGUAA